AUGGCCAACAACUCGGAGCCCAAGCCCUCGGCUGAAAAGGCCACCCACACCACUGUCGAACAUGACGAUCAAGUCGAAGCUCCCAUCAAGCCAAGUGAGAUUGUUGAAGAUGCCGUCGCCAAGGGCCAGGUCACCUCUGGCUACGAGACACUGACCAACUGGCAAACCGUGAAGAAGUUCAAGCUCGUCAGCCUGAUCUGUUUCUUGGCCGCCUUCAGUGCUGCUACUGACGGAUACCAAGUCGCCAUGAGCGCCAGUAUCAUUGCCAACAAGGGCUUCGUUCGAGAAUUCGCCACCAAAGUCGAUGCCGAAGGUAAACAGUAUCUCGACGCUCCCAUCAUUAGCGCCUGGGGUGCUUGUAUGAGCGUUGGCCAAAUCAUCGGCCAGACGACUGUGUCUUUCAUCAAUGCUAGGUUUGGCCGAAAGGUUGGCCUGUACUGGCUCUGGUUCGUCCUCCUUACAAGCGUGCUGGCCGAGACAUUGGCCAGGAACUGGGGAGUGUGGCUGGUGGCAAAGAUGCUGGCCGGAUACGGGGUCGGCUGUCUCCAGGCGACUGUGCUCGGAUACAUCAGCGAAGUCGCCCCUGUUCGGAUUCGAGGUGGUCUCCUGAUGUGUUAUAGCUUCUGGUGGACUCUUGGAUCCUUCCUCACUCACGUCGCUCUUCAACGCAUGAGCAAGCUUCAUCCCUACAACUGGCUCACCCCUAUCUACACACAGUGGGGUCAAAUCGGCCUCAUGUUCAUUAUCUACCUCAUCCUUCCAGAGUCUCCGGCUUGGCUUGCUACUGUCGGGCGAGAGGAACAGGCCAAGAAGGUUCUUACUUGGCUCCAUCGCGGCGUCGAGGAUUACGAUGUGGACCACCAGUAUCACCUCCUCGAACUAGCCAUCGAGCAUGAGCGAACUGUUGCUGCAGAGCAGCGCAGGGAGAGUUGGACUUCUAUCUUCCGCGGAACUGACGGCCGUCGGACCCUGACUGCCCUGUGGACUAUUAUGACACAGCAGUUUACUGGUCUUGCGCUCUUUGGCACCUUCGGUACCUACUUCUUCCAACAGGCCGGCCUGGCAGAUCCCUUCUCCAUCAAGGCCAUCACUACGUCUCUCCAGAUCGUCACGGUCGUCGCCGCAGUCUUCCUGGUUGAUUGGCUUGGCCGACGUCUGAUGGCUUGUCUCGCGACAACCAUGAUGUGGGUGACAUGUCUUGUUGUCGGCAUCCUUGGAGUUGCCCCUCAAGUUGGAGCUACUACGUAUAUCUUUGUCCUGUUCACAUGUUUCUGGAACAUUGGUAUUGCUGCCAACGGUGCCGCUGGCUGGGGCUUUGUUGGCGAGAUAUCUUCGCAGCGCCUUCGCCCUUACACAUCGGGCUUUGCCGCAUCAGCCAACUCCCUCGGAGGACUCAUCAUGUCCGUUCUCACACCAUAUAUGGUGAAUGCCAAUAAGUGGAACUGGGGUUUCAAAACUGGCUUCUUCUACGCUGGCAUUGGCCUUCCAUUCGUUGUCGGAAUGUGGUUCUUGAUCCCUGAAGUCGCUGGUCGAUCGGCUGCCGAAUUAGACGAACUGUUUGAACGAAAGGUCAAGCCCUGGCGAUUCCACAAGACCGAGACGGCAACCCAGCGCCUGGUCAAGUACGAACAAGACCAGUGA